AUGAGUCGUUUAGACCGUUUCCUUGUGUCUGGAGUAUUGAUUGAUAGGUGGGGUAUAGUUGGUCAAUUAACUGAUAAAAAAGAGAUAUCAAAUCAUUGUCUAAUCUGGAUUAUGAAUAAUAAAGAAGAUUGGAGUCCUAAGCCAUUAAGGAUCCUCGAUUAUUGGUUUGAUAGUAAAGAAUUAAUCGGUUUCGUGGAGAAAGAGUUGAAGAGUUUGCAGGUAGAAGGGAGAAGAGUUUAUAUGUUGAAGAAGAAAUUCAAGAUUCUUAAAGGGAGCCAUAGAAUGUGGAAUGCAAAGGUGUUUCAUAAAAUUAAUCUAGAGGUCAAAGAUGAAAACAAGGUUGAGUUGAAUUUUAUUGAUGCUUUGCUUGUGAGUUACAAGGAGGAUCAAUUGAAGGGUUUGGUGGAAGUUAGACACUCAAGAAAUGAUCGUCAUUCAGAAAUUUAG